CUUUACGUGCUAAGUUAAAACCAGUUAGUCAUAAUAUGGUACGAGCAAAAGUAGCAGUAUUAGCAGAAUCUCCACAAUAUAUUCUUCAAUAUCCUGGUAUUGACAAGUCUAAAUGGAGUAUCAAUAACUGUCAUAGAACAACUGUCACACAAAAGUUACUAGAAGAAUUAGAAGUACAACAGCAAGAAUUUUUAAAUUUUGUUCAAUAUCGCUGUAUUCAAUAUGAUUACUCAUUGUCAUUAAUGAGCAAUAUAGAUGAAAUCCCUCUUGCUUUUGAUAUGCCGAGCAACGUAACUAUUGACAAUAAAGGAAGCAAGACUAUUAGUAUUAGAACUUGCAGUUAUGAAAAAUCUUGUUUUACUGUCGUUCUUGCAUGUAUAGCAGAUAGUAAAAAGUUACCACCAAUGAUCAUUUUUAAAUUAAAAAAUGUUCUAUGUCUUGAGUUUCCACCAGAAAACAUUUGGAAAAACUAUACACCAUGUUCUAAGAAUCCACGAUUAUUAUUAGUAAUGGAUUCUUUUAAGGGUCAUCUAGUUUCUUCUGUUAAAACUAAUCUUUUUGAGAAGAACACUAAUAUUGCAAUUAUUCCUGGAGGGUUAAUAUCAAAAAUUCAACCACUCGACGAUGAUUUAAUUUUUGACUAUGAUCGUGUUGAAAAUAACAAAGUUGAUGAUAAUGAAAUUGUUGAUAAUGAAAUCGAUGAUAAUGAAGUUGACGAAUAUAUUUUUAGCAAUAACCUCCCGCCUCAACAAAAUCCUCCACCUCAACAAUACCUCUCAUCUCAACAAUGCUACCUACUACAAGACCUCCCACUCCAACAAAAUCUACCUCAACAAUACCUCUCACCUCAACAAUGCUACUCACUACAAGACCUCCUGUUUCAACUUUCUCUGCCUAACCAGCACCAACAAGACUUUCUGUCUCAACAAAAUUUUUUGUCUCAACAAAGCUUCCUAUCUCAACUAUACUUUGCACUGCAAGGUUUCUUGGUUCAACAAAAUUUUUUGGCUCAGAACAGGAAAUUUGAAUUUUAUAAUAAUCAGAAUGAGUAUUUGAAAUACGCAGAAAAUACUUCUUACUCUAAACACAAAUAUUAUCAAAAUGGUUGUGGGAGAAUCUGGUGA